AUGCGUAACAUACAGCUCUCCGUCUACGGCAUCAUCACCAGCCUCGUUUCAGUUUUUAUUCAGGACAAGGCUCUAGUCGCGAAACACGGUUUCUUCUUUGGCUACGACAGCCUCGUCUGGUUGGUUAUUUUCAUUCAAUCUCUAGGGGGUCUGUUAGUGGCCGCGGUAGUUUGCUAUGCGGACAAUAUCUUAAAGAACUUCUCAACCUCUGUGGCCAUCAUUCUGACCCUCUUGCUGUCAGUGGUUUUUCUGCACCACAAUCCCACCUGGUUCCUUGUGGCGGGCAAUGUAUUUGUUAUCGGUUCCACCGUCUUCUACAAUCUUCUGCCUCCACCAGCAACUCUAAACCCUACAGAUUCUGUAAAUCCGGCUCCCUCCGCCUCCACAAGCACACUGGUCUCUUCCGCCUAG